GUGAAACGUGAUCAACGACAGCACUAGAGAGGGCUCGAAAGACGUAAACAUUGCACAAACCCGCUUUCACUUUUUGUGCUGCUCGGAAAUAGAUUGAUUUUUUCCUCUAUUCGAACCAAGUUGUAGUGAUUUAAUUUAAUCUAACAGUAAACGGUGACUUCCCAUGAGUGCCGUUUCGGAUUUGCAGAAGAACAAUUUGGAGAAAAAUGUCGUUGCUAACAGUGUCGCGGCUGACCGUGACCAGAUCGGUGUUGAAAAGUUUUCCGAUGUGCCUGCGAGGCACUUGCGGUUCGCAGAUUAGAAAUGCAGCUGCUUGCUCAAGUAUUUUUCGUGCCAGACACAGUAGCGAUCGCAGUGUUUGCCUUAUCCCUAAUAUCUAUAAAACACCGAAUGUUGCUUACCGGAGCUACUGCAGCAAGCCGCCGGACAAAGGAAAACCCGCCGACGAAUUGGUUGAGGAACCAGAAAAGCUUGGUUUGUUUGCGCGGUUUAAAAAGAUGUAUAAAGAGUACUGGUACGUGCUGGUUCCGGUACACUGCGUAACUUCGGCUUUUUGGUUUGGUGGCUUUUACUAUGCCUCAAAGAGCGGAGUAGACGUCAUUGCACUCCUCGAAUCAAUGGGCAUCUCGGAAAAGUUGAUUGAUCCAGUGCGAGAUUCCAGCUUGGGACACAUUGCGAUUGCUUAUUUGCUGUACAAGAUUGCCACUCCGGCGCGGUAUGCCGUAACGCUAGGUGGCACCACAGUUUCCAUCAAAUAUCUCGUUCAGUGGGGAUAUAUCAAACCGAUGCCUACGAAAGCCGCCUUAGUUAAGAUGUACAAAGACAAAAGAGAGAAUUUACAAGAGCGAAUUGCCGAGAAAAAGCAGGACUUCCAGGAACGUAAACAACAACUAGAGGAACACAAAAAGAGCCUUAUGGAUAAUUAUGAACAAUAUAAAAGUGGUGCGAAGGCUAUUGAAAAUAAGAAAGAUGUGAAAACUCAGAGCAAGUAGAUGAUACCAAAUGGGAUUACUGUAGUCUAUUCGUUUCUAUUUGAUGUGUUCUUUAAAGGUGAUGUAUUAUUACAACCAACAAGAGUAAUUGUGACAUAAAAUGUUUAAUUUUACCUCCAAGGUUGAAUAUAAUUGGCAAUAAUUGAUUAACGCAAAGUUAAUAAAAAUAAUGAAUAUGCAAUGUCAGUUCAGCGGCUUUAUAUAUAUAUAAUCCGUGCUUUAUUGGAAAGAAGCGAUCAAUACAUGUUUCAAACUGAAACCCGAGGCCAAAAAGAAAGAAAUGCGGGAUUUGAAAAUAACGUUGAACUACUAAAAAUUCUUUUA